AUGAAGUUCCUCUGUUUCCAUGGUGCCAUUGGCAAUAUUGAUAACAUUAGCAUCCAGCUAGCUCCCCUUGAGAAGGAGAUGUCAAUGGACAGCUCUGCUGAAUUCCACUACAUCAUGGGCCCCGUCCCCGUGAUUCCCCCAGCAGGAUUUGCGGAGUAUUUUGGUAUUGGUCCGCAUUUCAGGUGGCUUGAAGACAAUGGAGUCGCGGAGGAUUCCAUGAUAUCCCGCGUUCGAAAGGCUCCGCAUGGUCAGAGCCCAGAAGAUGCCAUGAGAACUUUGGGUGAAGGCUGGGAUGGUCAAUGGAACAACCACCAGGAGGUCAUGGACUAUCUCUACGAUAUUCUGGAGAAGAAUCCUGAUAUUGCAGGUGUCAUUGGCUAUAGUGAGGGUGCUACUAUGGCUGCCAGUCUCAUCAUGGACGAAGAGAGAAAGGCACAAGAAACUGGCCGUGUCCGUCAGAUCAAGUGUGGAGUCUUCAUCACUGGAUGGCCUCCUCUUUCACCUGAGGAUGAGGUGGUCCUGGCAGACGAGAGCGACCUAAUUCUGGAUGUGCCCACACUUCAUGUGGUUGGUGCCGAUGACCCUUACCGAUACGGCGCGCUAGCACUGUUCAAUGUGUGUGACCCAGAUAGCGCGGCCCUGUUUGAUACUGGACGCGGCCACACCAUCCCUCGGUCUGGCAAAGUGAUCACAGAGUUGGGAAAUGCGGUCCGGGAUUUGAUUGAUAGGGCCUACGAAACGUGA